GAAAAAAUUAUGUUCUAAUUAUAUCUUUUUCUGAUGCAUGGAACAUAAGAGCCUAGGUCAGAAAUUUUCUGUGAAGUUCUAUUCAAUUACCCCUCCUUGCUACUAAAUCAUUGCUCUUGGAACAGGAAGGGGUUUGUUGUGGGUAAUAAAAUACGACAAUAGAGUACUUUUGCCAGUCAAUCACAUUUUCUGCUCAGUGACUAUUAUGAGAUGAGCUGCUGUGAUUGACAGUUGAAGUGUGCCCCGUUAAUUCUGUAGAAAGAUGUGAUACGCAGGUCUCCAUAUAAAAUCUCUUCAUUUUAAUAUUGAUCAUGCUGAACUCUCUCUUCAUAAAACAAAAGGCUGCACAAGGGACAGGGGACUGCAUUUCUGUUUCAUUAAACACAAUACCCAGCACUCUCGAUUCUGUAAAUCACUGCUCCAGUAUGAGACAAGCAAUGUCUUGUUGACGGCCGCAAAUUGUUGGAUCAAACUGGACGUUUGGCAUCUCAUUCGAUCUAAUGAUCUAUAUGCCUGUCAACUGAUACAUCAGACGGCUCUUUGGAUCAAGUUUCUGCUACAUAUUAAUGUAUUUAGGUGUUGUCCUAAAGAUUGGCACAGUGGACUCAAGAGCAAUGUUCUGAGCUUCCAUUAGGAAAUUUACUAAAAGUGGAUCCUAUAAUGAAACAAAAAUAAGUUUUCAUCUCUUUUGUAUUUAGUGCUAAUAAAGUUCCAUAUCAGUGUCUUAAAAGAAAAUAGAGAAAAGUCUCCUCGAUAGAGAGUGGACGAAAUCUGGUGAGACUUUAAUCGACGGACAGCUAAAGUAUUUAUAUACUUUCUAUAUGCUGGAUCACCAUUAGGGAAACAAAAUCUAAGGACUUAAGAUUCUACCUUUCGAUUAAACUGGAGAACCAGAAUUAAAGACUGUGCAAUCUUAUGAUAACCAAAGGAAAUAUGUCAACAAAUUAAUUCCAACUUCCAAGAAAAAUUUGAACUAAAUCAAGGAAUAUUUGCAUCUGGUGACUUGACAUUUUCGAUCAGAUAUGACCAACGAGACCUCCUUCUCUGCAGAUUUAAACUGUUCAGUGUUAGAGAUGGGAGAACCAAUGGGAGAACCAAACAGUUCCUUUGUGUCCAUCGUGUCCCCAGAACAGAGAGAGAUCUUACAGACCAUGAACUACUACUGUUAUAGCAUCAUCAUUCCUACCGUGUGCUCAUUUGGAAUUCUGGGAAACAUUCUCAACGUCAUAAUCUUUACAAAGAAGAAGAAUACAGGCAUGCUAGACGAGGUUGAAUAUUGUACCACGAUUUGUUUGGUGUCGCUAGCUGUGUCCGACCUGAUGUUCUGUAUAACAACCAUUCCUGUUGGAUUUCAAACCCUGACACAGACUGUCUACCAUAAAAGUGAAUUCCUGCUGUACUAUUACAUGUACAACUCGGCCAUCAUCAGCAUGUUCAUUUUCAGCAGUACCAUGUUAACGGUUCUUACUGCACUGUUGAGAUACCUCGCCAUCUGUCAUCCAUUCCGCUCCAGACAAUUUAUCUCCAUCAAAAACGUUAGUAUAGGUAUAUCUGUAGUAGCUGUAAUCUCUAUUGCGUUUAACCUGGUGUCGAUGUGGCAUUUUACAACUAAGGAAUGCAUGGAGGAGGGAUACACCACCGUACAGCCAAGCAGCCUUUUUAUGAAGCCCUCUUUUCAGUAUACUCUGAAACUACUUUGGGCCGUUUUUGGAAAUUUCAUUCCUCUGUCGAUUUUACUUUUCUGUAACAUUCAGCUGAUACGCGCCCUCCGACAGAGUCGACAGCUCCACCUGCUUCACAGUCGUGACGACACUUCCUGUUUGUCAGCUCAUCGUCGCAUUAACAUCACCCUGGUUACGAUCAUCAUCUUCUUCUUUAUCCUAGUGGCGCCCUCAGAAAUCACCAAAUUUAUCUCCCUUCUGAAUAACGACAGAGGAUUUAGGUAUGCCAUGGUGUCUUAUAUCACCAAUACUCUACAGUGCAUCAAUUUUUCUGUUAACUUUGUGUUAUAUUAUGUCAUCAUUGCUCCAUUUCGGCAUACCUUACACGAAUUUCUCUGCUCGUUCCCUCGAGCAAUUCGACACAACGAAGAGCGCGAGAGAUCCUCCGCAAACACUGGAAAACAACCCCAGACAGUGAUGCUUCUCUCUUUAAAGGACAAACACCAUAUCUAACGUCAGAUACCGGAAGUCAUUCAAAGACAGUGAUGCUUCUCUCUAUAAAGGACAAACAUCAUAUCUAAUGUCAGACACCGGAAAUCAACCACAGACAGUGAUGCUUCUCUCUAUAAAGGACAAACAUCAUAUCUAAUGUCAGACACUGGAAAACAACCACAGACAGUGGUGCUUCUCUCUAUAAAGGACAAACACCAUAUCUAAUGUCAGAAAAAACAGAUAAAAAAUCCAGUUUACACAGUGUGACGCAAAAGGAAUCGGACCAGACAACUCACCUGACCAUGAAGAAAGCUACCAUGAUGGUUUACUUCUUUGAAAAUUAAUCAGGACUCGGUUAAUGGGGCUAAUUGAUGACUUUUUACCUAGAGACUAACAGAAUUACAUUUCAGUACUUCAUUUCUGACUUUCAAAGUCAGAUACUGCUUAAGUUUUCUGAGACAUGUGUGAACAAUUUCAAAAUAUUUUUUUUUCAUUAAUACUAAAAUUGGCUUGCACCAUUAUCAACUUUUUUGGCUACAAAGAGUUUUAAUGAAAUAUCCUUCAGAA